GGGUCGGGGCAGGGCGGAGCGAGGCGGUGGGUGCGUGACGUUGCCGGCGGGGUCCGGGGCCGCUCAGCGCCUGUUAUUGUUCUCGCCUUCCGCUCUUCCCGCCGCCGCGUCCGCCUUCCCCGGCCCCUCGGGCAGCGGCGGGAGGGCAGCAGACACCCAGCGAGGCCGCCGCGGGCGGAGCGCCAGCCCUGACAGCGGGGCCUCGGGGAGAGCGUCCCGAAGGAGCGAGCGAGAGCCGGGGAGCCGGGCGGCCAUGGCCUACGCGUAUCUCUUCAAGUAUAUCAUCAUCGGAGACACAGGUGUUGGGAAAUCAUGUUUAUUGUUACAGUUUACAGACAAGCGGUUUCAACCAGUCCACGAUCUCACUAUUGGUGUAGAAUUUGGGGCUCGAAUGAUAACUAUUGAUGGAAAACAGAUAAAGCUUCAGAUAUGGGACACGGCAGGGCAGGAGUCCUUCCGCUCCAUUACAAGGUCAUACUACAGAGGGGCAGCAGGGGCUUUACUAGUGUAUGACAUCACAAGGAGGGACACUUUCAACCACUUGACAACUUGGUUAGAAGAUGCUCGUCAGCAUUCCAAUUCCAACAUGGUUAUAAUGCUUAUUGGAAAUAAAAGUGAUCUAGAAUCCAGACGAGAAGUCAAGAAAGAAGAAGGUGAAGCAUUUGCACGAGAGCACGGACUUAUCUUCAUGGAGACAUCUGCCAAAACUGCUUCCAAUGUAGAGGAGGCAUUUAUUAACACUGCAAAGGAGAUCUACGAGAAAAUCCAGGAAGGAGUUUUUGACAUUAAUAAUGAGGCAAACGGCAUAAAAAUUGGCCCUCAACAUGCUGCUACCAAUGCAACGCUUGCAGGCAAUCAGGGAGGACAACAAGCUGGAGGAGGCUGCUGUUGAGCCCGUGUUUACUUUCUAGCUGCCUGGAUGGGGCCUACUAACUUGUUUGUUCACCCCUCCCUCCCCCCGCCCCGCUCGCCUCCACUUCAGUUCAACUGAGACAUGAAACUUGUAAGUUGGUUUCCUGUUGCAGAAGACUUUAUCCUUCAAAUUCUUGUAUAACUUUGAAUAAAUGGUUAAUGUUCACUUAAAGACAGAUUUUGGAGAUUGUAUUCAUAUCUAUUUACAUUUGAUUUCUAGGUCAAUUGAUGUGAUUAUUUUUGUUAAAUGUUGUCUUGUGCCCUUGACUACGAACUGAAUUGUAUUAAACACUACAAAGUCAUCUGAGUAUUUUAAUCAGUUUGUGUAGUUAGGUUUCCCACCUCCUGCGGUUACCUAAUGUUUAAUAUUGUAGAGCUGUCCUCAAGUUUUUUGUCAAUUUUCAAGGCUAUAAAGAGAAGCGGAAGGACUCUUUUAAUUCUGUAUUUAUCACUUUCUGUAUAUAUAGUUUAAUAACCUGCUUGGGUGUACUUGCCAAGCUAGAAUUCUUUAAUGCAUUUGCAUAAAUUCUAUACUACUUAGAGCUUGAAAACUACAGAAGCAUCAAUAGAAAUUGCUUGGACGCUAAAUUUUAAGCCUUUUUGACAUUGUUAGCAUGUUCAUCCUCCCCCUUCAUUAUCCUGAAGUCCAAGAGAAAUGCUUAAUGUAUAUUACUAGAGGCUACAUACGUGCUAUCUAUUUUAAUGCCAAAUGUUUGCUGUUUGUCCACAAUUUCCACAGCACCUCUUCAGAAAUGGAUUAGCUGUUUGCCUUAACAAAUACUAUAGGUAAAAACAGAGUAUGAAUGAAAAGUGGAGGAGCAGUUGAUAAAUUUAAAAUGGCAUAUUAUAAAAAAAAGUUAAUCUUUUCUUAAUGUUUUUUCUUGUUUACCAUUAAUUUCUAGGUAUAUUUUUCAUGCAAGGACAGUUUUUUCAACCUAAAUGUACAGUGGUUGUGUAAAGUUUUCUUUUAGUGGCAACUUGUAAUCCUAAGUAUAUGGUAAGCAUCUUGUCUAUUGUGAAGAGGGUGUGAAAAUAAAAUCUGCCAGUUUGGAAAUCUUGAUGAAAAUCAAACCUAGAAACGCUUUGGUACUUAUUAUGGUGGUGGUUGGGGGCAGGGGUAUGUUUUGCCUCACAUGAAAGCAUUGCAACAGUGCAAAACAAAAUCCUGUGUUUAAGUGUUUCUUUGUUAAAGUACAGAAUAUUCAUGUCACUUUUCCUACAAAUGAGGGAACAACUGAGUUUCCAUCCCAUCCUACCUAAAUAAAUCGCAGCUAAAAGGGUGACACUAAUGCUAGGCCAUGCUUCAUGUAUUGGGGGGAAAAAAGGGGACAGGGCAGGCAGGAAAUGACUGCAAAACUUUUGUCUUACUGGACCAGUACUGACUGCAAGCCAACCCUGGCGGACAUGGAUCCUCAUGUCAUCCAUCUUGUCAGAACUUUAAUACCGAAAGUGAAUAAACUUCAGCCUGACCGGUGUAACACAGCAGUGGUUCUGAGAUUAAAUCAAGUUUAAAAACCAUGUGGAACCUUUUGUUUGUAUCUGGGGGAAGGGACAACCAAUAAGGAUUUAUUGCUGGUUUCAGCUCUUUCCUACACGUUUAGGAGCAUUAUAAGCAAUGCAAUGUAAUUGUUCUCAACUAUUUAAACCUUUAAAUAUUUACUCCAUUUAUGUAUUUUCAAUUGUUAACUGUUUAUUAUAUGAAGUUUGCAUCUAUAAAACGCACUGUUUCAUUGGAAGUAUGAAAACUGUGUUGCAUUACAGUAAAACCAUAUGACUGAAUUGCAUCAAUGCUGGGGGAAAAAUGGCCUGGAGUAACUAGAUCUUCACAAGAACAAGUACUUGCUUGAAUUAACUGCUCAAAGAGUUUUUGCAACUGGCAAUUCAGUUCUGCAAGACUGCUUGAGACGAGAUGGGAGAAAGCCAUUGAGCAGCCUCAGAUCCGUUACAAAUGGGAUGAAAUUUCUCUUAGCUGUAAAAUUGCCCCCAUUAAGGGAGUAGAGGAGGGGAAUUUGUACCCUGUCCUGAGAAGAACACAAAUGCAUCCUGUUUUAAGUGGUGAUGAUUUACAAAGCUAAAGCUUCUGACAGCUACUCAACUUCUGAAAGCAUGGAAGAUGUAUAGAAUUGACCAGGAAUCUAGGACUAUCGUAGCAGAGCCAUCAGUGCUCUUUUUUUUUUUUUUUGGGGGGUGGGUGAGGAGCAGGGGGAAUAUGCUGCGACUUACUACAGCCACAUGUGCAUAUUGGCGGUUGGUCCUGGCUUACAUGCCAGUCUUAUACUGCACAUUAUGUUAAGAAUCUGGUGCUCUCAAAGAAGAGCUAGAACAAAACUGAAGUUCCCUCACAUUCUGGCUGGCCUUUUGUCUCAAGCUUUGCACAUACAUAAUCCGUUUGUUGCCUACUAGAAAUCUGGGGGGGGUUUGUGGGUUUUUUGAGGACCCCCUGAUGCUAUUUUAUCGUAUUAGAAUUUGAAAAUUGCAUAGCACAGAACCUAGCAGGAGGGUUUAUUUCUAGAGCAUGUGCUUUGCAAGGUUAUGCUUUCACAGGUUUCAGUUUUACUUGUAUGUGAUUGAUAACUUGCCGAGCUUUCAUGUUUGAAUUCCAGUUGGCUUUUAUUGGUUGUAUUUCCAUAACCAAAGAAUUAAAACGUUUAAUUGUUCCCCAGCAACUUGUACAACUGGUAAAUGUGAUAACGUAAAACUCCUGGUACUGGUAAAAUUGUACCAAGAUGCGGUGUCCCUGUACUCCCAGUUAAGCAAAUGGCAUAAACCAUAGUUACUUACAGAAAAGUAAAUCUGGAGUCACAAAUCCUCUAACCAUGA